AUGGGCACGGAGUUCCUGGUCCGUCGUUUAGUCCGUGGUUUCGCUGGCGGGUGUGAAUGCUGGCCAUCGUGCUCUCAUCCUUCUGUUCAGUUCUUCCCUCAAGUUGUUUUCCACAUUCAUGGAACAUCCGAGAAUCCAAAUCAGAAAGUCACCGGGAAACCGCCAAAACCACAAAAACCACUGAAAGUCCCAAAGGUUAAGGAACCACAUGAGGAGAAGAAUGGGAAAAAAUCCUCAGCACCACCACCAUCCGGCGCCGUUUCAGCGUUAACAAAUAUCGUCACAACAGUGUCGGGAAAAAUUGGCGGAGUGUUGGCGAAAGGGAAAACUAUCCAGGCAAGAAUGCGGGCCAACAAAGUGGCUCCGAUCAAAUCAAAGGUUCAAGCACGACAUCUCGAGUUGGAGCCACUAUGCUGUUUAUCGUCAUGCCUCGUAAGAGGUGGAUGUGCUGCUGUGGUAGCGUUUGAGGCCUUCUAUGUCGUAGCCACCCUAUUGAUCGUAUUUGGAGGAAUGGGACGCGGUGGUUUCACUUUGUGGGAACCUUUGCCCAGCACUUUCAACGCUUGGUUCGGGCAUCAUUUGUUCUACUACUGUAUCUGUGUUUAUGACGCUGUUCUUCUGUGCUUCUUGAUUGCCUUAGGUCGUGGUCUCGUCACAUUUAGUAAGGCGCUUGUUCGAGCUCACUACUUCUUUUGUUUCGUCUCUCUCGUGGUGAACAUCAUCUUUUUCGUUUUUUCCGUAUGGACGUUGUCCUCUCCUGGUCCAUUUAAAUGGACCGCCACGAAUUCUAUGCUUGUCUUCUGUUUUGCUAUGCAGAUACCGUUACAGCUAUGGGCGUUAACGGUAGUGAAAAGUUUUGCCGUUCCACGGAAGGAGGACUUCACACAAAGCAGGAUGCUGGAAACGUUCCUCUACCUAGUUCUACAAUGGGCCUGCCUUCUAUUUGUGUUAUCGUCUUGUGGGAAGAAGGAUGAUGAUGAAGGAGAAGAAUCGGGUGCAGAGGCACCAGCAGCGCAAGGAGAUGCUGCAGCUCAACCUGCAUCUCCUGGUACACCGUCGUCAAGUUCAGGAGAACCAAAAUCGGCUGCUAAGGAAGCAGAACCUGGCGCAAAACCUGAAGAAGGUGAGCAAAAAGGGAGCGAUGAAAAGAAGGAAGGUGAAGCAAAAAAAGAAGGUGAAGAGAAGAAAGGAGAGGAGAAGAAAGUAGAGGAAAAGAAGGAGGGUGAAAAGAAAGAGGAAGAAAAGAAGAAAGAAGAGAAGAAGGAGGAAGAAAAGAAAGAAGAAAAGGAGGAGGAAGUGAAGAAAGAGACGCCCAAGAAGGGACUUGAGAAAGGUGUUGAGAUGGCAAAGAAGAAAGCGACCAAGAAAGGGAAAAAAGAAGGAAAGAAAAAGAAAUCUAAGAGCAAGAAGAGUGGAAAGAAGGGCAAGAGCAAGAAAGGGAAGGACAAAAAGAAAUCAGAUAAAGUAAAAGAGCAGCCCGCGAGUGACGCGGCAGCAAAGGCUGAUGAUAUCAAAGGAGAUGAGAAGAAAGCAGAAAAAGCAGAAGACAAGAAGGAGGAAAAGACGCCAGAAAAGGAGGAGAAGAAGGAAGGAGCAGAAGGAAAAGAGGUAAAAGAGAUUAUAUUCAAAUUUUCACGUCCAAAUUUAGGAAAAGGAAAAGAAGGAAGAGAAGAAGGAGUAGUCAAAAGCUCAACUCAUUGA